UUUUCAGUUUUGGUUUCAGUUUCGUUUGCAACGUGCGCGCGAAAAGACGCAAAAGUGUAGAAGUGCGAUAAAAACCAGUUGGCCGAGUCCUACGCCGAAUUUAGAGAAAAAGCCCACCUUUAAGCCCCCGAAAAGAACCACCGAAACAAAGCCAAGAUGUCGCACUCAGUGACCAUCACCCGCACCACCACCAGCACCACCAACACCUCCUACAUCGUCCUGAACACCGGCUACCUGAAGACCUUCCCCGGAAUCCUCAAGCUCUUCGAGCUGAUCAUUGGUGCCGCCAUCGUGGGAGUUCUGGCGUACAACUACCAGGACUACCGCGGCUACUACAGGAGCCAGCAGGACCUGUUCCACUACCUCAUGGCGGUCACCUUCAUGAUAGGGACCUUCUGCCUACUCCUCGCCUGUCUCACAUCCCUGAGCACGGGGGGCAUCAUUGCCAAGACGAUCUACGAGCUGAUCUACCACAGCGUGGCCGCCAUCCUGAUCCUGACCUCGUCCACCCUCCUGCUGAUCCGGCAGCGCGAGGUGAAGAACGACUCCUACAUGGUGGCCGGUGUUCUGGGCCUGGUCAACGCGGUGCUGUACUUCAUCAGCGCCUUCUUGGCCCACCGAUCGUACCGUGGCAUUUAAGCAAACAUCACCCCUCCCCCUUAUCCAAAAUCCUCUAUCCCCCCAUCCCCAAAAAAACUCACCGCCCACUCGGCCACGCCCCCAAACCGCCGCCCCCCAGCGAGUGUUCAAGUGGAGUCUGCAAUCUCGAAGCAUUUGUUCUUCCUCACACAUCUGAUAUCUGAUAAAUCGGCCGAUCGGAGGAUGGACGUGGAUGUGGAAAGUGGAUGGAGAAAGUGGGUGCCAAGCGGCCGAAUCUUUGUUGUACUGUGAAACGUUCUUUGGCGCUAGUUACACUUACUUACGUACGAUUAUACUUUUACUGAUAUUUACAACUCUUUUUUUUGUCUCACUCUCUUUUAUACCAAACAGAUUGUCAUGUAUUCGAAUAAAGAUGUGUGUCUAUAUGUUUUUCUAUAAA